AUGACAAGAGAUAAGAGUGGGGGAGAUCACAGAGUGAAGGAAACGAUAGCGGCCGUUCGGAACCUGCUGACCCAGAAGAAGUUGCACAAAUUCGAGCUGGCGUCGAUCGCGAAUCUGUGUCCAGAGACCCCCGAGGAGGCCAAGGCUCUCAUUCCCAGUCUGGAGGGCCGAUUCGAGGAUGAGGAACUCAGGCAGAUAUUGGAGGAUAUCCAGACCAAGAGGAGUCUCCAGUAUUGAGGAGCUACAGUGCUC